ACAUGAUGAUCGAAUGGAGGAAACAACAGCUUCUUGAAAAGCAUAUUUGAAGCUCUGUACGCCUAGAACUACUUCUUAAUUUUCUUCUUUGUGUACUAAACCAUCUACUACUCUCAACACAUCUUCAACUUUAACAUCAACAUCAUCAGUCUUCAACCCUUCCAAGAAUACAUCACUCUCGACCAACUUUUAACCAAGACCAUUUGACAGUCAAUAUUGAUUGCCAAUUCCUAAAGCCUUCACCUGUAAAUCUUAUUAAUUCACUCUUUUACACAACUUCAGUAUCAAUCGCCCAAAAUGACUAAGGGAGAAGCCACCCAAGUUAAGGUCCACUACAAGGGCAAGGAUGAAGACUUCAUCAUCUUCAUUGACGACCUCGGGACAUACAAGAAGUGGCAGACUGACAAGUCUAUUCCUAUGGCCCACUUCAUCUCUGCCUUUAAGAUCUUCGUGACACACAAGCAAGGAACGCAAGGUCAAAUGGAUGGCGCCUCUAAGUCGACUCUCGAUAACGAGUUCGGUGUUUCUAAUGAGGAGGAGGUCAUCAAGAAAAUUUUAGAUAGCGGCACUCUUCAGGAGACAGAGUUUCCUGAUCGCCAAGGACCCAAGAAUGAUGCUCAGCAAGGCUCCAUCGUCACUGGUCAGGUUUCAAGAUAGGAUCGCAAAUAUCCUUGCCGGUAGAACCCGAGGAAAGCUGUUGCGCCAUACUUUAAUAGUAGAUCACGUUGAUGAUUGAGACGGCAGCAUUCAAAUAUGCUAGGGCUGUCAUUGUUUAAUGUUCCUACGAAUCAUCAACCAACAUGAAUUUUACAGGCGAUGAUUACGGUUUAGCUACCUUCUAGUUAGCGAGGAACAUUUUCGCGAUGGAUUUGUAAAAUACGCGUAGCUAGCGACAUUUAAAUCCUAUAUGGUUCAAGUCCGGAAAU